AUGAGACGCAAAGAAUUAAGGAACAUAAUGCAAGGAACAAAUGAUAGGAACCAGUUCACUUUGGUUGAAAAGUUACCGCGUUUCACAUCGAAUUUCUCUGCACCCAUCACAGAGGAGAGUGAUGCGGACGAUUAUUAUCCAUUCGUUAUUGGACAUGGGCCGACCUUCAAAGUUAUCGACCCUAAAGUGUACAAACAACUACGGCGACAUAAUAUUCAGCAAAAACCGACCAGUAAAGUAGCGGAAUGUACGAGAAAACCGACGAUCGUGAGUCACAAAACGCCCGCUACAACAAAGACAAAACUUUCAAGUUCUGAUAGUGCGGACGAUGGCGAUGAAUAUUGUGAACUUUCGCCGCUUGCUAAAGCACCUCCUAUAAAGUUGACUACGCUACGUUCAUAUUCUACUCCAGGAGAACUCAAUCCUAAGCCAAGCUUGGGGAGAGUUUCCAGCUUCGAUCGUAGACUGUAUACCGAUUGUUAUUAUUCAAAGACUAAAGCCUCUUUGGUUGAGAGUCAACCGAGCUCUCCGCAAUCACGGCCUACAACAAGACUUGUUGACAAUAGUAACUCGUUGAAUAGAACUAACCAAAGGUCGCAGUGGACUAACGACAAACAGGAACCCCUCUUGUGUGGUGUAGAGGCAGACGAGCUCAUAGACUAUGCCAGUUGUAUGUGUUGUGUAAAAGGAAUCUUUUAUCACUGUACGAAAGACAAUUUUGACGAAGGACACCUGGCCGCGGAGCCGUGUUCUUGCGCCGGACCCGUAAGCUCUUGCGCGCCGAGAUGGGGGUGUCUUGCACUUUUGUCAUUGUUCAUACCCUGUUUGUGGUGUUACUUACCAGCCAGGGGCUGUAAAAAGGCCGCAACCAGCUCGAGAAAAAAGAAAAAGACACAAAAAAGCUUUAAAUUUAACUCGAAAUAGUUGAGAUUAUUUAAUUUGUCUAGGCAAGAACUUUUGACUUCAUAAGUCAGAAUUCGAAGUAAUUUUUGUAAAAUCCAUCGCCAUAUGUUAUGUGCGAGUUUUUAUUAGAGUUUUAAUCAAAUGUUUUAUUUGUAUGAGGUGGGAAGUCUGCGAAACGUUAACAGGCUUUUAGGUUUUAAUUAAUCAGGGAAGCGUUAUCUCUUCUUUAGUGUUAAAUGAUGCCAGACUUUUUGUUGCGUUUCAUUGUGUUUAUCGAAAUCCAUAAACCUGAAAUCAGAGUUUGAAAUUCUUUAUUUACGCGAUAGGAUGACUGAUAGAUUAAGUUCUUGUGACUUUAUACCAGACUAUCAAAUGCUCUUGCCAUCUGUUUUUACUCCGGCAAAUCUAAUAAGCCUGUUUGUUUUUCGCUUCCAUCCGAACCAAAACAAAUGCAUCAUGCGAAUAUGCAGCAAUGUAAAAAACAAAUUGUUUAGUUAAAUUAUGACGCGCAGAAAGAGAAUUAUAAUUUAUGAAAGUUUUUAAUCUUUGUAUUUAAGUUUUGUCCUUUUUGACUAUUGUAUGCAACACAGGUUGUUACUUCAGAUGAUAAAUAUGCGGAACACUCUAAAAGGAACUGAAUAAAAUUGGGUGUUUCAGGAUAUGAGUUUUGCGUGGUAGUUUGGUUUUCGUAGUUUUCGAACAUUCCUUCAGUUUCUUGCUGUUUGCGUCCUUCCGUUUUACAUGUUCAUCUUUAUUGACUCGCGCGCUUUAGCCGCUUUAGCGAAUUAUUUGACAACCGUUCGUAUUAGGCAAUCACUUCCUGACGUUGUGAAAACCGCGUCAACCCAUCGUGCCAUAACCCGUUCAUACCAUUUCAAGUCUGUUUUGAGUGUUCACAAAAGACUUUCGAAGAGUUUUAACAGAGCAAGUCGACGAUAGGACCGCUUUUCCCUUUGACAACAAUGAACCCCUGUGACGUGAUGAAACCCUUAUCGCCCGCUCAUUCAGUCGGAAACGGAAAUGGGAGGUCUCUAUCGAAUUCGAAGCCUAUGUUUCUUCUCAUCCCGAUCCCUCACUAGCCAGCUUGGUCACAGUACUUCCGCUUAUCCUCCAAACGUCUUUAAAAACCUAAAAUAGAUCGCAAUGGAAUCAAUAUUUAACGACCACACGAUGCUCAUGUUCUCCUUUGUGUACAAAAAAAGGAACCAGUUACCAAAAUCACGGUAAUUGCUGACAUACUGGCUUUAGGGCCACCAUGUGGCUUUCCGCGGGCUUGGACUUUUGUUGUCCCAAUUUUCAAGGCAGCAUGAGUUCCGACAACUGACUGUUGGAUAUUAAAACGAGACAGAUAAUCCUUUCCCUUUGAAGGAUUUUAUUUGACGAUAAGUGAAGUAAGAAAUCCGUCUCUUUGAAAUAUUGUUGAUUUGUUUGAGACACGUAGAUAAUGACUGUCGAGUCACGCUUAGUGUAAAACAUUUUGAUAACUUUUUUUUGAUAACUAUUCUUACAUGGCUACUAGUUUGCGGACCGUUUUUCAGUUGCGUGUCAGUUUGCUCUGAGAUAAACCAUUGGAUAAACUAACGGAAGGAGAGACUUGUGUCACUUGUGAGGCUAUUGAAAAAUUGGUAGAAGGUUCUUUUUUGUCAAUGGAUUUUACUCUUUGUACAAUAUCAAGUAUAUAAAUACCCAUGCUUUUGUUUACUUUAGUUUAACAUUGUAGCUCAUAUCAAAGCUAUAUCAAGAAUCAUGACUGUAAGCGUAUCUUAUAUUUUUCUAAUCAGAUUUUGCGUUUGUGGAAUAAAAAAAGCAGUUUUCCAGUUUUAAUCUUGACGUUUUGUGACUUGCCCCAAAUGGUAAUAUGUUUGAGAAAAGAGAAGGGCAGAUCACGCGAACCUUUUGGUCACAGGCCGAAUAAACGGCUCCUCCCCUUAUAAAAUUUCUUUUAGAAUUUGGUCUAAUGUCUUUUACAUCAGGAAAAAAUCUCGAGCCUACAUUUUUCAGGAUUUUUAAUACCUGAUCCUUUAUGUCACAAACAAUUCUUGACAAUCGGAAUAAAGCAACUUUAAUUGGUUUUAAAAUAGUGUAAUCACACUUAUGACUUAUAAGCUUCAAAAAAGGAAAUGGCCAGAACAUUUUUAUUCUUUUUGCUUCACACCUUUUGUCCAUGUGCUCUGAUUAAGCGCUUCCGCAGUCUUUUAACCAAUGAUUAUUUUGCAGCUUUAGUACCUGUUACUACGAGGAAAAGUUCUAAUGAGUCUACCACUCUCAUUCCGCGAGUUUUGUUACUUUUUCAGGAACUUUUGGCGUUCUUGAACAAAGCAGUGUCUUUGUUUUCAACCUUACGUUUUACUUCCGAGAUACUUAGUAAGUUACUCAUCCUCUGAGACCAGUGGCACGCCAAUUCAGAGGGAAUUAUAUGAACUGAUUCACGGACGAAAUUACGUAUUGCUGGUGAAAAUUUUAAGACUUCUCAGGAUCCGCCAAGCUUGAGUAUAGUGGUAUCUUCUCCGUUCUGUAAACUCAUGAAUAGAGUCGUAAUUAGGUAAAUCAGAUAUUCAACCGCGGCACGACUUGCAUAGUUGCGAAGAAGGGAACAAUGAUUUAAGGUACACUUGUCUUAAAAAUUUGUCAUGCUGUUCGGAACUGAUCCUACCCCUGUAAAUGCUGUAACUGUUUCAAGUUAUUAAUCCCAAAAACCAGAACUGUCUUUUUUACAUACUGACUACGUUAUAACAUUUCGUUUAGAUUCACUACACAUUAAGGAAUAUAAAAGAAGCUUUCAAACACUUUAAAUUUGGUUUCCAACGUUAAAAUGUUGGAAGGGAUUACUUCUGUGAGACCGCCACCCAUUUUGUCAAAGACGGUAUGCUUCCUUGACAAUUAUCACACCAAGCAUUUGAAAGGUACGUAGAGAGAGCCGAGGGCGUAUCGCAAAAAAGCAAAACCCAUAGAAUCUGGUUGUGAAAAUUGAAGCUACACUCAUUGUCGAAUCUGAAGGGAAUUCUAUCCCCGUUGUUAAAAUCUAUACUGCCAAUUUCGAAUUAAUGUCCAAGCUGUUUGUAACUAAAUUUAUUUCUAGACAUCUAUAUUCUCUGUUUUGGUUUUUUGUUUUCCCAAGUUGUUUUAGCUUCAUCAGCAAUUAAUACAUGGUUUUUACAAGCAAACUGGAUGUUUUUAACAAUGUUUUCGUUUCUAAAGAUAGCUUGGUUCUCUCGCGUCCGUUGUCUAGACAAAUAAUAUUUAACGGAAAAAGCACAUGAAUACCACAGGAUAUCGCUAAUCCACAAGCGAACUAGAGUUUUUAUAUUGGGCUGAUAUUAGGUGCAAUUAAUAGAUUGGUUAAAACCAUCUUGUCGCUGUAAGCGGAAGCUGGAACUUGACCUCUUCGAUGUUCAUUUAAAAUUGGAAGGGAGUAACAAUACAGUUUGUUUUGAUAGAGCUUACAUCAGUUUUAUCGUUGUGUUCAGUGCAUGUAUAAAUUAAUUUCUAACGGGAGCAAACAGAGGGCAGUUGUGAACUGCACUGCAAAAACUGGAACAGGUGAUUCUUAGGCGAGGAAAACGAGCGUGGGGGCGGGAAGGGGGGGCUCUAGUGGGUUAGUUCUAUCACAUUUGUAAUAUCAAAAUGCAUUUGUACACACAUUUCUACCUGUGCGAAUUGAAGUGAGAGGUUAUGCGGUUAGGGCACAAAUGUAUAAUGACAGGAAACCAGGCCGAAAUACUGAGUGUGGCCUGUGUUGUUCGUAUAGUUUUGAUUAAAAUAAAUUGAGCCACGUUUUAUGAAGCCGAAAAGCUCAUCUUUUUUAUGAGUUUUAUUUUCAACUUGGCUGAACAGCUAAUCACUUAUAAGCAGAUCUGAGCUCAAAGAAGGCGGAGAGGAAGCCAGGUAGGACAAAGUCGGAGAGUUUUGGUCGUGCGCGGUCACUAUAUUGCGACGGCCGGCCCUUUCCCGCGACCGAACAACAAAACCGCGUUUACAAGGACAGUGCAGGUCGAACCUGGGCUUCCUUCCAUAGCCUGACUGACAGAACUGGGUCGUGCUAUUACGGGUUCAGAGUUUUCAGCGAAUCUGUGUUCUGAGCAUUUUUUCCUCUAAACUGUGAGAUUAGUUAUGUAAUACACACUCAAGUCAAAACACCGUGAGCCUGAGAGCGGAAUACUGUUGUGUUACCUUCGUGUAUAGUAAAUCUUAAGUAAAUUGUUACAGUCUUCCGUUUCUAAGUCAUGCUUACCAUAUCGUUAAAAGACUUCGGUACAACUCGUUCUAAACCAUCAAAUCAGUUAUUACGCGCCCAAGACUGAGAACACCAUGGGUUUGAAGACGAAUGAUCUUGUGGUACCAUCGCCAAUUUCAGUUGUUUGUUCAAGUCUCUCUAGGUCUCAAAAGACUUCAGCGUAACAUGAAACUAUCAGCUAUGACACGCCUAAGUCAAAGAACACUAGACUGCUUGAAGUCCGCCUUUUCUCUUAAAUCCGUCUAGUUCUUAUCUCAUCCAGCGCGAUUGCAAACCACGACGUUAUUAUUACAAUAAGGGAUUGAGACUUUUCUUCUCGGGCUUACGCCCUCGUUUCACGCGGCUCGCGGCUUUGCCGCUCGCGUCCUUAGGUUUCGCGUGCAGUAACUUUGCAAAGAAAAAUAAAAGACUCCUCGCAGUCUAAAGAACACCGUUGAAGACGAAUGAUGUUGUGUUACCAAAGUCAAUGUCAGUUGUUAGUUGUCAGUUCUCCGUCUUAAAAAUCUUUUUAAGACUUCAGCGCAUCCCUGCAUGAUUUUAGUCUUUAUUAGUUUUUCUCCGUUACUCCCAGUGCUGUCAGAGCCAGGAAAAAGUGCACCAGAGUGAAGGAUAUGAUAUCUUAUUCAUCUUUAAUUUUUCCUCUUUUUUUUUCCCACAUGGGAAAUAUACAUUUCUUUAUUUUUGGCGGUAACACAACAAGUAUCAAAAGACCUUAAUAGCCUUUACUUAACCAUUUGUAAGUGAAUAGGUUUGGUCAAUAAAGUUCAGUUAUACGAAAACUGAAAUUUCCUACCAAGGUGAGUGUACCGCAGCUGCCGAGAAAAUGUUUCUUGGAAUUUUCCACGGGGGAUAAAUUUCGUUAAGGUCUAUUUUCACCUUGAGACAUAUCCAUUGAAAAGACACUUUCAUUUUUCCAUAGGUAUUGUGUGAAGAACUAGUGUCUUGACUGACAAAUAAGAAAAUGUCGGUUUAUUCAUUAUCUACCAGUCAAAAUAAGUAAAUUCCCAUGUUUUAUGAAUAAUAAAACCAAGCUUCUCUUUCCUGCCAGCCCCGAAGGAAACCGCGCCCCAAAAUUAGAAAUGAAACCGCCUCUUAGUAAAUAUUUUUCAUUUUACCGAUCAGAUUUAAUGGCCGACUUGUUUUCCUGUGGGGUUUUGGGGGGUACAUUAUAUAGGUACGUGCCGCGGGAAAGGGUAUGGUUUAUGAAGUGCUCAGUACUCAAUAACUAGUAGGGCAUCCGUUUUUGGUAUUGUUGUCUUUUGUUAGGGUCGCUACAAUCACAGGCCCUCAGCCUCUGUCAUUUUAGUUAUUUGGACUUAGCAAGAGUGUUAGACUGGAGUUUUCAGAUCGUUUCAGAUGCGGUUAGGAUUUUAAAUUGGAGUUUUCAUUUGUAAAUUGCGUUUCGGCGCAAGAAAACAAAGACGCUUUCCUCUAGACUACAAUGGAACAGACUUUUUCAUUAGAGACACGCAUAUCGUCUUCUCCAAGCAUCUUCAAGCGAAACCUUUUAAAAUUCCUGCAUUUUCCAUCCCGCAGCUAUCUUUUUUUAUAUCGGGGAUCGUUCAGCGUCAAUUUUUCACACUCGUUUGAGUCUUAAUUUUGGUGCCUUAAAUUAUCACCUUUUUCAGGAAACUUGCUGUCCUUCACCUGCCUGUGCGGCUCUUUGCGAUGCAUCUAUGUAAGACGUGAAACAAUAUUCCUGUAUUACCCAAGUUUUGCUGUUCUGCGUGAAAAGUUUUUUUGCCUCCGCUGUAGAAUUACUUGGUAAUAGAUGGCGUUGUGCUUAAAAUAAGAAAAAAAUGGAUUGGCUUUUAAACGGUAUUUCUACUGCUGAUUUUCAACUUAACGUUAGAUUGUUUCAGCUUGUCCAGUCGUUUAUUUCGCUAUUAACUCGCUUCUGCAUGUUAGUUGCUGUGUGUGUUUUAUAUAUAUAUUUUUUUUCUUUUUAUACUUUCGCUUUUUUUAUGUAUGUGUUCGAUCGUGACGUGCAUUUGUAUUUUUGAAAUAUUGAAUGUACACAGCGUAAGCUCGCUGUAGAUGAGCCCCUUAGGCUCUUAGAGCUAAUGUUGUAAUAAAUAUUGUUUAUAUAAAAAAAAGACUACAGUCGAACCUCCGGCAAUAUAACGAAACCUCUUUAUAACGAAAUCCUUGAUAUGAUAGAACGAACGAUUUUCUUUAUCCCAGUAAUAAUAAAUUUAAACAUAAAAAAGAACUUCGAUAUCACGAAACCUCGUUAUAGCUGGCGAGUAAAUUUUGCCGUACCCUGGGCUCUUCGUGAUAUCGAGGAUCCCCUGAAUUGUCCGGUGGAAAUUGAGGAGCUGCCAAAGCAACUGCCAUUAUAGAUGUAAGUUAUGAUCGCCUUAAUGCUUGGACCACUUUCGAGCGACUCUACAGCCACGUCCAAAUCCGCUCAUCAGUUCAAAAAAUGGGGGUUUUCUAUUUCCUGCGUUCGAUAAGGAAUACCGUCAAGUUCGUUCUAAUUUUCAGCAGCAUUCAAAUUUCGAGGUGUUAGCCUUUUUGUCCAUUAGGUUCUUCAGCAAUUCAAAACAAAUUGUCCACCGAGUGCCUCUAGAGUUAAAAAAUUCAAGAACUGAACAGGAGACCACCAUACCUUGUAUUAUGAACGUUUAAGUUUUCUUCGUUAUAUUGUACCAACGAGAAGCAGCUCGAAACUUGAAGUCUCCUUAGUAUUUAUUUACUCUCAAAAUAAAGUAUCAAUGCCUAAUCACCAAGCCAAAGAGCACUUCAGAGCAAGACCGUAAUCAUAAGUAAGAAAUGUAGGAACGAGAAUAGUCAGCAACAAUCGUUAAAAGUAUGUGUCGUAAUUCUCAAGGGCAAGUUUCGAGGGUCACCAAUAGUUUUUUCGGGAUCCAGGAUUUCUCUUAUUUGAAGCUCGGGAUUCGGGAUUUCCCGUAUUCUAAAUUCGGGAUUCGGGAUUGAAAGUAUGCACGGGAGGUGGGACGCCAAAAAUAACCAUCGGGAUUACGGGAUUGCCCGAAAUUUUGGGUCGGGAUCAAGGGAUUGAAGAACGCUAUUGGGAACCCUCAGUUUCUGAUCAGUGAAGACGUCUUUGUGACUUUCGUCAAUUGUUCUUGUUUUAUAUCUUUGUGUACUCAACUUUAUCUCUCAACAUUUCUUUAUUUCAUUUCAGAUUUAUUUUACUUGUAAACACUGCAAGCUCGCGCUUAGUGUUAACCCGGGGGAAGUACUCCCUACAACCUCUCGUCCCCAGAGCAUUCUCAGUUUCAAAUAUGGAACGAGAAGACCCUCGGAACGUGGACCCUAGCAAGAGAAAAAUGAGCUCUCUUGACCCUAGGGAAGUGGUCGCACUCCCUUUUUAUGAACGUUCCGCGCGAUAGGGUAUGAUUUUCAAGGUGCCCAGUCCUUGAAUAGGGUAUCCUUAAUCAGAAAUGAAACUCAAAGAUCGAUGAUAAACGUUAUGAUCUUAUCCCAGUACAUUUUGAAACAACUUGACUUUUCAGUUUUGAUAUACUGUAGGUUGGUUACUCUCAAAAAUGUAUAAAACGUCGAGUUGUUGUGAAAAUUCUGGAACAAAAGUCCUUAGGGUAUCCUUGUUGGUAAUGCCAUUCUUUGACAGGGUAUCUACGUUAAAUGGAAUUUGCCUUACUUAAGUAAUGGUUAGAAAAUAAAUCGUCAUUAACCUGUAUAUUAUUCUAUCUAGUAUUUAUAAUUGUAGUUAAUUAUUAACCAGUUAUGUGAAUUUCAAAUUAAAUUUUAGGAGCCGUUAAAAGAUAUUUUAUCUCGGUAUAGUUCUGGCCCUGAAGAAGCUAAUUUUGUUAGCCGCAAUAUUGGCCUAUAAUCGAUCAGCCCUUUGCUGUAGUGCCAGCCCUGCGUUGAGUUUUGUUUUGAAUCAUCAGUAGGUUUACCCCCAUAUUAUGUGCUUUAUGAAUGUCCAUUUGAAGUAAACAAUAAAAACGGCCUAUUCACCCAAUUUUUCGCUAUUGGCUUUCUGUUAAAUAAGACAUCAUUUUUCAUUUGGUCUCCCCAUUACAUAAUAAGGUAAGGUUUGAGAAUCGUCGCGCGCACAUCUCUCCUAGAUUGAAAAGUACCCACGCUAGACGCUGACCGAACCGAGUCUGCGUUCGAGUUUUCAGUUCGAUUUCUGUUAAGGUGUUCAAGGUUGUCAAAACGUUUUCAUCUUGUUGGCAAAGCAAAAAUCGUAAAGCAAAACUCAAGUGAUUAAUUCUUGUGAUUUCUUGUGAGUUACGCAUUGAACAAUGGAGUGCUUUGUUUUUCCGUUUUCUGCCCCGGAGGGUGGAGUACUCCCUUAUAUAAGCUAUAAAAGUAUGUGUAGCACCAUCGGGUAUGCUUUUUUGCGCCAUUUUGGUCUGAAAACGGGUAUAGACUUUGCCUGUUUUGGUCUGGAAUUGGGUACGGUUUUCGUUGGAACUACUUGAGUGUAUGAACGUAUUUAUCGUUUCAAUUUUAAAUGAGUAAGAAAGAAAGAGAAAUAUGCGAAUUGGAAAUGGCUUGGAAGAAUUUCUUUGUUUGCACUCUAAUCUAAGUAAUGAUGACAUAAUUUCUGCCUAAAGGCCAGGUCUGAAAACGGGUAUGGAUUUUAGAGGUCUGGUCUGAAAACGGGUGUGGAAAAUUACAUUAAUGGUCUGAAAUAGGGUCAGGACUUGGAGAACUGGGUGGCACACCCCCACCAAGAAUUCCCAGGAGUACCCCCCCCCCCCACCCCCCUUCCCGGUUCAAGCUUCUAAAACUAGGAAAUCGAGAAUCGAUGGCAAGAUAAAAGCAACGGGUUAGUGAUUUGAUGAAUAAUGCACAGUUUUAACCGAUCGGCGUAGCCAUAGUAAAGGACGAAAGGUUAUCCUAUACUGGCCUGCCAUAUCAGCUUAUUCCUUAGCUUUUUUAAGUUCAAGAAUGAAGUAAUGUCUUCCGUUGUAUUCCACAUCAUUUUGGAACCGAUCAACGAUGACGCUAAUCUCCUAGGUCUAAUCUACUUUACGAUUUCUUCUACAUAUUCCACGCCUAGAGAAUUAGAAGGUAAGCAAGUUUUUUAA